AUGUCUGCCCGCUAUGCACCGCUGCCCAAUCCACGCACCGACCCCGACGCCCAGAACGAGAUGGAGGCCGCCUUCGACGACUCUGAAGACGAGGACGAGCACAACACGUCCGAGUCCCACCCGCUGAACCCCUCCGCGCCCUCGCACCGGCACAACCAGUCGACAGCGAGCCCGCCCGCGCCGGGGACGUACGAUUUCGAGAACUUCGAUUACGCAAGCUUCCCGCCCCCUGGGUCGCCCCCAGGGCCGUCCGAUCGCGCGCUGCCAAAUGACUAUGGCAAUUCGAACGGGUAUGUGCCGGACGAGCCUGUCACGGACGCGGGGAGCAGCCGCGGUGGGGGAGGGUGGUUUGGGAGGGCGGCUGCGAUAUUGCCGACGCACUUUGUGCAGAGGCUGCGGAGGCAGCGGGUGCCGAGUGGGCCGGUGGGCGGCGGGCUGAACAACGAUGGGGUGUUUGCGAACGUUACUGCAAAGCCCUCGAGGGGGGUGAGGGUUACUGAAGGUGAUCAGACGUUUAUCGUCCCUGAGGAAGCCCAGAAAGACGCCCCUCCAUCGUAUGCAGCCGCCCAAGCGGACGCUGUUCCUCCCUACUGGGAGACAACGGUCCAUGCACCCUCCUCGCCUUCUUCCCCUGGCGAGAUUAUCAUCGAUUCUCUCCCCACCGGCUCUCUAUUCUCCUUCCUAUGGAAUAUGCUCGUUUCCAUCUCUUUCCAAUUUGUCGGCUUCCUGCUCACGUACCUCUUGCACACGACGCACGCAGCAAGGCUGGGCAGCAGAGCUGGUUUGGGCGUCACGCUGAUCCAGUAUGGCUUUGCUCUGAGGAACAGGGCGGAGUCUGGGUUUGGAGGUGGUGGUGAUUUGGUCGACGGAGGGAACGAUGCCAACGGCAACCCCUGGUCCCAGCCGGCUGCCGUGCCAACAUUCUCCAGCGCCCAAGAAGCCGACGAGUAUUGGAACGGCUUGACCAACUCAACACUUCCUGAUUCUUCAGAGAUGCCCCCGAACAGUGCCAUGAUGAUCAGCGAUAUGACCACCGAGUGGCUAUCGUUCUUCCUUAUGACAGUUGGCUGGUUCAUCUUGCUAACCUCAGUGGUCGGUUUCUACCGCGUCAAACUAUGGGAGCGCAACAUUCUCUCCUCCCAGCGCGAAUCGAGCCAGCCGCCCCCUCCUUCCUCCCAACCCUACCUCACCCAAAUCGAGCGCGUCUUCGGCAUCCAAGCCCCCGGCUCGCUGUUCCGCGCAGGCCUCGGUCUCGGCGGGACCAGGUCGGGCGCCGUCGACCCGGAGGUCGCAAUGAUCGAGGAGGACGAGGAGCUCCAAGAGGCGCGGGAACGUGCGCGCUUGAUGGCGAGUGGCGAACGCGAGCGCGAGAUGAUGGCGGGUAUCGAUCCAAAUGAUCCUGACGCCGUCCGGAGAGUCGCUGAAGCUUACGCACAGGAGGCACGGCUGCACCAGGAGCUUAGGGAGGCUGGGUUGUUGUGA